AUGGCCAAGUCAAAGCGCAACAAAAUCGUCCCUCUCACCCAGACCGACAAGAAAGGUCGUGCUGGAAAGGAUGCCUUGUAUGAGCAGAUCAGAGAUAGCGCUGAGCUUUACAAGUACAUCUGGAUCUUCUCUGUUGAGAACAUGCGUAACACCUACUUGAAGACUGUCCGUUCAGAGUGGAAGACUUCCCGUUUCUUUUUCGGCCGCACCAAGGUGAUGGCCAAGGCAUUGGGAACUUCCCCUGAGGAUGAGCACAAGGAUAACCUCCAUAAGCUCUCUGAGCAGUUGGUCGGCCACGUUGGUCUUCUCUUCACCAACUCUGAGCCCGAGGAGGUCAGGGAGUUCUUUGCCAACUACACCGAGUCUGAUUUCGCUCGCUCGGGUAUCAAGGCCACCAGCACCUUUGUCGUCCCCGCCGGCCCCGUCUACCGCGGCGAGGAGGUCUUCCCCCACAACAUGGAGCCCCAGCUCAGGAGUUUGGGCAUGCCCACCGUCUUGAACAACGGAAUUGUUACCCUCACCAACGAGUACCGUGUUUGCAAGGAGGGCCAGACCUUGACCCCCGAGCAGGCUCAGCUCUUGAAGCUCUUCCAUGUCCAGAUGGCCGAGUUCCAUGUCACCCUCAAGUCCUACUACCACGAGGGCCAUGUCCACCGUGCUUAA